AAAAACAAUCCAGAGGCACUGGCAGCGGCAUCCAAGGUGCGCCAGGUGCACCUGCCACGGACCACCAAUUUUUUGUUGGGCGUUGGCAUCUGCAUCCGAUCGAGCUGGCAGACAUGCGUACAGCCAUGCCAGGUUUUUUUUUCACGUCGCAAGAGCACCGAGGCGUCGUUUGGUUCAAUACAUAGCUUGAGCACUACCAUUGAACUCGAUACACCACUGCUGCUCAUAGCUCACACAUACACACUACAAUCUCGCUCCUUGAGCCCAGAGGCAGAUCCGGCCAUGGAGGUGGUGACAGGGGCACUGCCGAGCGUCAUCGCCAAGCUUGGUGACCUACUGACCUGCUCGUCGGUGAGUACAAGCUGCAGAAGGGGGUGAAGGGAGAGAUCAGGUUCCUCCAAGCUGAGCUCGAGAGCAUGAAGGGUGCUCUUGAGAAAGUCUCCAACACACCGGCUGACCAGCUUGACAUUCAGGACAAGAUUUGGGCCAAGGAUUUGAGAGAGCUGUCCUACGAUAUAGAGGACAAUAUUGACACAUUCAUGGUCCGUGGAGAGGGCAAUGAGCAGGCCAAGCUGCGUGGCAUCAAGAAGUUCAUUGAUAGAAGUGUUGGUUUGUUCAGAAAGGUCAUGGUUCGCCAUGGCAUUGCUACUGAAAUCAGAGACAUCAAGAGCCGUGUUGAAGAGGUGGCCAAGCGGCAUGAUCGGUGCAAGUUAUCAAACAGUAAUGUGGCUAAGCAUGUCCCAAUCGACCCUCGAUUACUUUAUCAGUACGAUAAGGUGACUGAGAUCGUUGGCAUUGAGGAGGCAAGAGAUGAGAUAAUUCGGAUUCUGAUGGAAGGCAAUGAAGUUUCCAAGCAGCAAGACAAGAUAAUUUCCAUUGUUGGGUUUGGAGGCCUGGGAAAGACAACUCUUGCUGAUGUGGUGUAUAAAAAGCUUAGAGCACAAUUUGAGUCGGAGCUUUUCUUUCGGUAUCUCAGACACCCGACCUGGAAAAAUUACUCAAGCACAUGUUCUAACAACUUGUCGGGAGGGAAAGUAACAAGAGCAGCGAUGUUGCCAGAGAGCUCAGAGAAUUCCUCGAGAAUUAGAGGUAGUUCGUUGUUAUUGAUGACAUAUGGAAACUCUCAGACUUCAAAAUGAUUAAACGUGCUUUGCCUG